AUUACACACAAUAUAUAUAUAUAUACACAAAUUUUUUUAGAAUUAUCAGAAAACUUAUAGUUUGUACUUGGGAGUGGGAGUGAAUAUAAUAUCAGUACACACACAUACACAAGUAAUUUAUUGAGUAAAUAAAUACACUAUAGUUUCUGCAUUUGCCAUCUCUAUACUCUACAGUUUCUGCAUUUUAUGAAUUAUGUUUUAGCUCCUUUGUUUGUAUAGAUAUUGUAAAUGUCCUCUUCCUGAUUUUGAUGAAAUGGGCAAUGAUGAGGACAUUGAUGAGGAUGAGUUUUAUGUACAAUCGAAGCCCCCUCCUAAGAGGCCUGCUAGCACUGCUACCUUCGGCUAAGUUCCAAUUGAAGAAGCCCAAGACCAAAGGGCCUAUGGAUGCUUACUUCACCCCUGACCCAGAGAUCGAGGUAGAGAAGAGGAGAAGUGGUAAACAACUUAAAGUUGACGAUAAUACGCCGCAAAAGAAGUUAUUGAAAGAGCGGGCUCAUCAAGCUAUUGCAAGGUGGAUCUACAAUUCUGGAAUACCUCUCAAUGUUGUCAAUGUGGAGUCCUUUGAACCGAUGCUUGAGGCUAUUGGGCAAUAUGGCCCAGGUUUGACACCGCCGAGUUAUUAUCAAGUGCGUGUCCCCUUCUUAAAAAAGAGGUGGACAAUGUCAACAAACAAAUGGAGGACCACAAAAAGGAGGAGGAAAAUGGAUGCACUCUUAUGUGUGAUGGAUGGACGGAUCGAAAAAAUAGGUCAUUGAUUAACUUUUUGGUCCUAAAGGUAGCAUGUUUAUUGAAUUGGUUGAUGCAUCGGGUUAUUCCACAACCGGGGACAGCAUGUAUAGGUUGCUUGACGACUAUGUGGAGCGAAUCGGAGAAGCUAAUGUGGUCCAAGUUGUCACGGAUAGUGCCACGUACAAUAAGAUUGCAGGGAAGUUGUUAAUGACAAAAAGACCACAUUUAUAUUGGACUCCAUGUGCUGCCCAUUGCUUGGAUUUAAUGUUAGAAGACAUUUUCAAGUUGCCGUAUUUGAAAAGAACAUGGGAAAGGGCGAUCAAGGUACACGGUUAUAUCUACAACCGUCCGACAUUGUUGAACAUGAUGAGAUACUUUACUCAAAGAAAAGAGUUGAUUAAGCCAGAAAAGAGUUGAUUAAGCCAGCAAAGACUCGUUUUGCAACAGCUUGUUUGACUUUACAAAGGGUUCAUCAACAAAAGAAUAACUUGAGAAAGAUGUUCACAUCAGAGGCUUGGAGUAAAAACAAGUGAGCAAAGGAGAUAGAUGGUAAAAAUGUAGCAGAAAUAAUGUUGUCGCCAUCGUUUUGGAACAAUGUCUUGCUGGCCCUAAGAUUUGCAUGUCCUCUUGUUAAAGUACUUCGUUUGGUUGAUGGUGAAGAAAAUCCCGCAAUGGGAUACAUCUACGAGGCCAUGGAUAGGGCCAAAGAAACUAUUAUCAACACGUUUGGCGGAGACGAAGACAAGUAUAAAAGUGUGUUUGAAAUCAUUGAUGCGAGGUGGGAUGUGCAAUUGCAUCAACCUUAGCAUGCAGCAGGCUACUAUUUGAACCCUGCAUUUUUUUACAAAGAUGGUGCAAGGAUGAAAGCUGAUAAAGAGGUAUGGAAGGGUUUGGUGGAUUGUAUGGAAAGGUUGGUCCCAAUUGACAAGAUGCAAGAUGAAAUUCUUCAUCACAUAGCAUUAUAUGAGGAGGAGGGAAUCUUCAAAAAGGACAUGGCAAUUAGGGAAAGAGCUACAAGGUCAACAGGUGAUCACAAUUUCUUACUCGUUGUGCGUAAAUGCUUAAAUACUACCCCCUUGUUCUUUAUCCUUUGCUACAAUAUAAUUAAUUGGCAAUGUGCAGUUGAGUGGUGGAAGUCAUUUGGUCGUGAAACUCCCGAAUUGCAAAAAUUUGCCAUCAAGAUCCUUAGCCUUACUUGCAGUUCAUCCAGAUGCGAGAGAAAUUGGAGUGUAUUCGAACAUGUGAGUAUUACAUUAAGGGAUUUCUAAUCAUUUUGAAGGUGUGAAUCGUGUGAUAUAAACUUAAAUCCCUUUUAACUUUAUUUUGCAGCUUCACACCAAAAAAAGAAAUAAGCUAGAUCAAAAGCGCCUCAAUGACUUGGUGUUUGUUAAGUACAGCAUUGAGGCGUCGAUAUAUGAAACGCGGCAAAUUUGACCCGAUUUCCUUGAAGAACAUUGAUGAGAGCAAUGAAUAGUUGAUUGGGAAAUUGGAGGAUGGGCUUGUAUUUGACGGUGAAGAUUUGGAUUGGAAUGUUGUUGCGGAGGCUAAUGGAAUUGAACAACCUAGCAAAGUGACUAGGUCAACUCAUAAACCAACAACUUCAAAGAAGCGUUCAAAAGCAUCAAGUUUUUGUGUAGAUGAUUGGGAAGAAGAAGAAUUUGAUGACAUUGUUUCAGAUGAAGGAGAAGAGGAGGAUGUGGAUAGAUAUCAGUCAAAUGAUGAUGAAGAAGAUGAAGAUAUUGGCGAUGAGUGAUGAAAGGAUGAAGUCUUGUUUGGAAUAUCUGGAAUUCUGGAUUGUUAUUUUGUUACAUUUUAUGAGCGCAUUUUACUAGUAUUUCGUAUGUUGGAAUGUUGGUUAUUAUGUAAUAUGGUGAUGUUUGUUCUUGUUUUGAUGGUAGGAGUGAAUAUUGGUCAUUUAUGUAGUUUAUAUUACUUUUUUUUUUAAACGCUCGCCUUGCCUCGUCUCACUUUGACGAGGGCUUUGUUGCCUCGCGUAUUUAAAUCACUAGAUUGGUGAAUCGUUGAUUGAGAUUAAAACAUAGCAAAUCUUUAAACCUAGGCGAGCUAGGAUUUUUCACUCAAUCACAUGCUCGAUUAGCACCCUAGAUUCCUCAUCAUUGUCACAUUUAAAACACGGGAAAGAUUUCAAUAUUCUCCUCGUGAGCUAUUCCCUUGCAAUUAAUUUGUUGAGUUAUAUAAGCCUAAGGAAUCACAAGCAAUUCAAUUACCUGUAGCUACGACUCCUGCUGAAACUACGGCUACGGCUUCUGCCACGUCUAGGCGAUGGAGAGCGGGAGUCACUCCGUCCACGUCUGCACCCAAACAAAAAUUUCGCAGUUUUUAUUCAACUGUUGGACAUCCAUGUAAUCCACGCUAUAGCACACAUCAGAAGAAUUAUAUGAUUACCUAAGUUUCUUGGGGCUGUUUUGGCAAUUCUUUUCUAUAUGGCCUCGAUCCCCACACCGGUAACACUUGUUUUUCCAGUCCCCAGCCUUGCAAUCUCGGGCCCAGUGGCCAUCAAUUCCACAAUUGAAGCAACGCCCCGUUCCUGGAGGAGGACCUCUGCCAAGAUAUUCACGAGAUCCACCAGAACCACGCGGCACCUAUAUAGCACAAUAAAAAACGAAAAAACGUUGAACGAAUUUCCACACAAGAUUUCCAUCCAGGUCAUUAUAAUAAAAUUAUUCCAUUAGAAAAUCCAAGAAAACUCAGAUAGACAAGAUAAGUUGAGAUUGAUAAAAGACCGAUAGAUGGAAUCAAACCGGACUGGGCCAAUGCUGAAACUACUGGGCCAUCAGAUUGAUCAAUGCAUUGGCGUCACAAAAAGAGAAGCUUGAUAGUUAAUCUCAGCUCUGAGAUGAACUGUUGUUCUUUUCAGAUCUCAUAACUAACUAAUCACUCUUCUACUCAAAGAUAUGAUAAAAGUACUCCGACACUUCUACGAAACCAUCAUUCAAUGUUUUCUUACAACUAUAUAUAGACAAAAGAAAACAGCAAUACAACCAUAUUCCGAGCAACAUGUGAACCAUUAUACUGAAUGACAAACAAAAUAGGAGGUAAAAGACAUCCAACCAACACACCAUACGACAAAACGUGUAUGCAAAGGCUAUGAAAAACUUACUCCCUUUGCAAAUUCCACAGUGAUGCGACUUCCAUCUAGUUCGCGACCAUUUAACCCAUAUCUUGCAUCAUCAGCAUCUCGAGGAUCACUAAAUUCCUAUAGCAAGGGGUGAGAAUAGGAAAGCAAAGCUCCUAUUUGCAAAAUACACAUAAUAUGCAGAAGGGAAAUACACCCCACACCACAAUGUAUACCAAUUCACACCCAUACACAUCUAUGACCCAGAAGAAAGAAAGAAAGAAAGAAAUACA